AUGGACUACGAGCCAGAAAGCCUUCGCGUGAUGCAAGCUGCCAUUGAUCGCUACUUGCGUGACCAUGAUUAUGGUGAAAGUAUCAUUUAUUCAAGGCAAUUUCAUCAGUCUAUGAAGACACUCAACGCUAAAGCAGCACGUCCCCGACAACAAGGCAUGGGUAAACGUCCCAACAAAGCAGAAGCACUCAACCAAAGCGAAGAGGAAUUGCUGUGAAAAACGCUUCACUCGGAAAUCGUUCGCCAGUUGCGUUGACAAAUGGGAAUUUCAAGUGUCUUUCGGUGCAAAUGGGUUUGCGAGGACGACAGGAUCACUAUGACGAAUAUGUGGAAGAUUUCAUCUUUCGUAAGCACGACGAUGGCUCGGAAUAUAUUGUAUUCAAUGAAAAUCCCACCAAAACACGAAGUCGCAAAUAACCCACGAAGCAAGUUAUGUGGAGCACUGAUGGCGGCCCUCGAGACCCAGUAAAACUUUUCAAGUCAUGGCUCUCCAAAUGCCCUCAGUCGAUGCGAAACCAAGGCCCUCUGUAUCUGACAAUAAUCCAACGUCUAGCAAAUGAAGAUGUUUGGUAUACCAAGGUACGAACCAGUGGCGUAGCCAGAACGAUAAUUGGGGGGGGGGGCAUAUUCAUAUAUUCGUGUUCUGCUUUAUUAAUUUCUUUCGAAAUCAAUUGUUUUGUGGUAUGUGAACAUGAAUAUAUGAAUAUGCCCCCAAUUAUCGUUCUGGCUACGCAACUGGUGCGAACGUGCCAGAACACAAUUGGCAAAAUAAUGCCAAGAAUGACUUCGUCGCUCGAGAGUUCAACAGCGAAAAUGUUGACAACUCACAGCACGAAAAAACAGUUGUACAAAAGCUGAAAUCUGCUGGACAACCACGCUGUAAGAUCAAGGAAAUGACAGGUCAUGCAUCAAAGGCAUCUCUAAAUGAUUACGACAUAAUCAGCGAGGAAGAACGCAGAGAACUGUCUCAUAUAAUCAGAGGUUAUAGUGCGUCAGCUUCACGAACAACAACCUCAGUACCCUCGAUCGUAUCGUCUUCCACAGCUCCUGGACCAACCGAACACGAUACAUCAAUUGUUCCCGUUCAAUCUGACAGCAAAUUGCAUCUGCAUCCAACACUAUCCUUCGCCAAGAAGGUUUGUUGAGUAUUCCCCCCAGUGUUGACCACGAUGUCCAGUGCGUGUCUGCCAAAAACCCAGUUUCCUCAACGCUAGAUCCGGUUAAAAUUGCCUACAACAACUGUGUUUUUAACAUUGGAAACCAGACGGUGAACACGGAUAAUUCAGCUGCCAGAAAAAGACGUCGAGCGGUUAUAUUUGAUUCAGAACUUCACCGUUUUGAACACGUUAUAAACUUGCAACAUAUGGCUUCCCAAUUGUGUGAUGACUGUUGAAUAAUUAAAUUCAAACAAUGUUGUCAUGUGAUUAUACCGGAAAUAAUACCCGGAAUGUAAUAAUAUGUUAAUUUGUUUAUGAUAAAUUUAAUUCAAAAUUGUACUAUUUCACUAAGAAUUGUCGAGACAAAAAUUUAAUAAUUAUAUUGAAUUUCAACGAAUUGUAUUUUUGUGCUUUUUCCCCUUAAACUGUUUGAUUACAGAAGAUAAAUAAUUAAUAAGUAAUAGAACGAAUUAAGUCGUGCUAUUAAUGCCAUAAUCAUACUUGUGAUUAAGAAAUCAACCUCCCACUACGCGGUUGGUUGAUUUUGUAUUCACUCGUAUGAUUAUGGCAUUAAUAGCACUCCUAUUCGUUCUAUUAGUUAACGUCCACCGAAGCACGAGAACGAACGAAUAUGCAAGUAUGUAAAUUGUUUCAUUGAAAUCGCGAAAGCUGAUUGGUUGGCAUAUUAAAACAUGUACGAAUAGACCAAAGUGAACGAACGAGUGAACGAAUGAGUGAACGAAUGACGAGUUAGUAACUAUGGGAGAUACGUUACAACCCAUUCGUUACGACCUACUUACUACAAAACGGACAUGUCCUGGUACGCUUUGUCAAGUUCAAACUCAAAUUUCUUGCCAGUCUUUUUGUCACCGUUUAUAGGUUAACUCUAGGACAUUCCUUGUACUGCGUAUCAUCUGAUUAUUAAUCGUCGUUGGUUGUCUAUGACGAUGAUCAUACAUAAAGAGCUACGAAUUGCAACGAAUUUACUAUAAACAUUCUUAACAAUGUUUCCUAUUCGAAUGAAUGCAAAUUAUUCCUAUGUGCGUGCCAAACAUUCAUACAUACAAAUAUUCAUGUCAAUGUGCUAAACAACUAGUGAACAUAUCUUAAAGUAAAAUGUUGUUUACGCCAGCGCGUUGAUUGUUUGAAACGCCCUGGAGGAUAGAACACAUAGCACAAACUGGCUGAAACAAAACACACAAUGUGGGCUGUCUUGACUGUACUGUAUAGCACUGAGUAUAGAAUUCGUUGUCAGUGCAUAUUAUGCAUGCCUUUCAAACUUAGCGUUAUAACGUACUCGUAAACCAUAGUCCAUAGUUUCAAUAAUGCUUCCAAGACAAUUAAGACGUAUAGGCGAGGUGGAACGAGCCGUGAUUCAUGAGCGGUAUAUGGAGAUCGGUCCGAUCUGGGACUUGAUUGUGAACGAUAUCGUGAGGCAUGAGAGAUUUCGCGAGAUUCCUGCUAAUGUGCAGGAGCUCUAUGCUAAUGUUGGAAAUCGACGUGCAGCAAGAAGAAGACUUCGCGAUUUUAUUGCAAGAGAACAAAGAGAGUAAGUAUAGGACCUCUACUAUUUAGUUAAUGUCCUUGGCUUGUGUUUUUAUACUAUAAAAACGAUGUGUAUGAUGCAAAUUUAUCGUAUUUCAACAUUGUUUAGUGGUUUAGUGGAAAGGGUAAAUGAGAUGCGAUACGCUAAUCGGCAAAAUGCUUUUGACAGAGAAGCAGCUCAUGAGGCCAUCCUAAACAGAAUCAAUGCCAACCUGCCAAACCCAAACCCCCCAGAAAGAAAUCUAGAAAAUAACCGUGGAGAAAACGCAAAUCCCCUUCACCAAGCUGGUAACAACGAAGACAUGCUGCUGGGCGGAGCAGGAGAAAACGAAGACAUGCUUCUGGGCGCAGCAGGAGAAAACGAGGACAUGCUGCUGGGCGGAGCUAGAGAAAGACCCCAACAACGUGCGCCCGUCAACACAAAUGCGGUUCGCGACGAAGUUCUCCAACAAGAACAAGCUCAGGCAAUUCCUGUCCCUCCUGUAGCUCAAGGAAGGCGCCCUUAUCACGCGUUAGCAAGAGAAAAUGCAGAAGCAUUGACUCUUCCGAUCUGUUAACGAGAGAUCUGCCUCUGUUAACCCAACAAUUGCAGCAGACAAUGGAGAUGACAAAUGAACUUAUAAGGCGACGCUUAGAGGAACAUUAAUUAGUAUAUUAAUUCGCGCUUGAUUAUUAUGUUAAAAUGUUGUGUCCAUUACUUUAUAUACAUGAAACAAAAUUGUAGGCUAUGAAUGAUCAGCCAUUGAUGCCAAUUGCAAUUUUUGCUACGAUUUUAUGUGAGAAUUGAUUAGGAAUGCGUUUUUUAUGUUUUGAAAACACUAUAUAUUUUUACCCUUAUCUAAAUAUUCAUAACUCGGACAAUCGUUCCUAAAAUCGCAACAAAAAUUGCAAAUGUGCAGCAUUAAAGAUUAUAAUAUUUGUGAAAUACAAA